AUGAAAUUCUCUACUACUUUGUCUGUCGCUUUAUUCACCUUGGCUAAGAUGGUCAUUGCAGACUCCGAAGAAUUCGGCCUGGUGAGUAUCCGUUCUGGUUCAGAUUUACAAUAUUUGGGUGUCUACAGUGAUAACGGCACUUUGAAACUUGGAAGCAGCAGUGGCUCAUUUGAGGCUACUAUCACCGAUGAUGGUAAGCUGAAAUUUAACGAUGACAAGUAUGCUGUCGUCAACGAGGACGGUUCCUUCAAAGAAGGUUCUGAGAGCGAUGCUGCCACCGGUUUCUCCAUUAAGGACGGCCAUCUAAACUAUAAGAGCUCAUCUGGGUUCUACGCUAUCAAGGACAAUUCGUCUUACAUUUUCUCUUCUAAGCAAUCAGACGAUGCUACCGGUAUUGCUAUUAGACCAACCGGCAAGACUGGAUCUGUUGUAGCAGAUUUUAGUCCAAGUGACUCUAAUUCUUCUUCCUCUUCAUCUGCUUCUGCAUCAUCUUCUACAGAGUCUGCUAAAACUUCCAGUGCUGCAGCAGUUUCCUCUGCUAGCUCCGCAGCUGCUUCUGUUAUCUCUCAAAUUACUGAUGGACAAAUUCAAGCUCCAAACACUGUUUAUGAACAAACAGAAAACGGGGGUGCCAAGGCUACUGUCGGAAUGGGUGCUGGUGCUUUAGCAGCCGCAGCCGCUUUCUUGUUAUGA